AUGCCUGCCCCAGCAAGAGGCAGUCCUUUCACCAUGGACAUCCUCAACGAGGUAUUACCUCAAGGAGUGAAAAUCUCAGUUUUUCCACAGUUCGAAGGAACCACCGACCCACAAGAACACAUAGAGAAAUUCCAUGCCAUGGCAGAUUUGUACGGCUCAACUCUCUCCAAGCGGGCCACUCUCUCCAAGCGGGCCAUCAAUUGGUUCAACUCUUUACCUACAGGAUCAAUCAACACCUUCUCUCAAUUAUCGCAACGCUUCACCAACCAAUUCGCCAUCAACAAACAAUAUGCAAAAACCCCAGCACACCUCUUCUCUAUCAUACAGAGAGACAACGAAACACUCCGCAACUACAUGAAGCAUUUUGUGGAAGUUGUCCACGAAGUUCCAAGCGUAGGACAAGACAUGCUCUCAGGGAUCAUGCAACAAAACUUGAAGUCGGGUAGGUUCAAAGAAUCUAUUGCCGGAAGGCCUCCGAACAACCAAGAUGAAUUGUUGAAUCGAGCUGAGAAAUACGUACGAAUAGAGGAAGCCCCUUCCCAUGCUCCUCCCAAGAGGAAGAGGGAAGAUGACCGACAAGACGUUAGGAGACGGGAUGAUCGACGUCCACCACCCCCACCUCAAGGCCAACCAUCUCCCUCCUACAAUCGAUUCACUCAGCUUAACACUCGCCUCACUAAAAUCCUCGACGUUACAGAACAAAAAGGUUUGGCGGAGCUUCCACGCUCCAUGCACCCCAACGCCAAACAAGAGAAAUUCGAUCGGUACUAUCGCUUUCAUAAGGACAAAGGACACAACACUGAAGAAUGCGCGCAACUUAAAAUAGCCAUUGAUCGCCUAAUCAAACAAGGACACUUGGGUGCAUACAUCGACAAGUCCAAAGGCAAACGGCGAGAUGACCCCCCACUUCGAGAUAACCAUCGAGAUCAACAACAGAGACGAGAUGAUGGCGGUCCUCGACACGACCCAGACAACAAUGACACUCAAACCAAUCGAGGGGUCAUUGCAUUUAUUUUGGGAGGACCAACAAUCGGUGACUCACACAAUUCAAGGCGCAACCUUGCUAAGUCGGCACGCAUGAGUCAAGAACAUGCAUCUUCCUCCGCCUCGAUAUAUCAGAUCAGAAGACGAGACACUAACAUUGUCUUCAAUUCCUCAGACUUAGAGGGUCGAAUUGAUGCUUACACAGACGCUCUAGUGAUCACGGCCUAA